AUGCCUCAAACGCGCCGUCUUCUAAAAGAAGAGAUCACCUUAUCCCAAGCGCAGGAAAAGGAAGUGAACAUACUCCGCGAGCUAGACUAUUAUGACCAACGACGCGAGUUCAUUUCUCAUCUCAAACCAAGAUGGGAGUGGAUGGGCCAAGUAGUUGCCCACCACUUGGGUCUUCCAUCUCCUGAUGAUUGUGUUGUAGCUAUAUCAGGAGAUUGGAGGUGGGGAAGUUUUAACGUCUCUAUUCCUUUUAUUGUGAAGAGAUGGUCGAAACGAGCGCAAUCUCAGCCUCAAAAAGGGAAUCGGGUCAUGCUUCGAUUCCCACUUCCUUACCGCGUUGGCGAUGCUUUCAGACCCGGAAACAGUGAUGAAAAACUCCAGUGCGAGGCCGGCACAUAUGCAUGGCUUCAACAAAACUGUCCCGAUGUGCCAAUUCCACAGUUAUAUGGCUUUGGACUUUCCACUGGUGAAACUUUCACGCGACUCGACAGAUUACUUUUUCACCGUCGCUGGUUUGAAUACUUGCGUCUGUUUGCUUUUCGUUGCCUCAGCCACAUUUCUGUAUUGCCCAAUCCCGCGACACCAUCAAAUUAUGUCAUUAACCAAUUUCAACCCAACCCAGACGUGUCAUGGGUCGACAAAUCCGGCUAUUUGGUCACCGAGUUUAUUGAGGAAUCUCAAGGGUCGAUGCUGUCGAACACCUGGUUUGACAAGGAGCAUCAUACUAGCGAGCGGCGAAGCAACUACUUCCACAGCCUUACUCGAAUACUGCUUAGCAUCAGCAAAACCUCUCUACCCUCCAUUGGGUCUUUCCUUAUCGACAGAAAUGGGGAUCUCAUUCUCGGAAAUCGUCCACUCACCAUGGAGAUUCAAGAGUUAGAGAACGAGAGCAUCACUACAGAUAUACCCCGUGACUCAACCUUUUCCACAAUCCAGUCGUACGUUGCAGACAUAUUACAAAUGCAUGACAAUCGGCUACGUGACCAACCCAACGCUGUGAAUGAUCGCAAUGACUCAGAAUAUCAAAUGACGGCAUUGGCAGCAAUGCGCACAAUUGAACCACUCAUCUUCAAUCGAGGCCUAAGGCGCGGGCCGUUUAUCUUCUCACUCACAGAUAUGCACCAGAGUAACGUUUUUGUCGACAAUGAAUGGAACAUUACCUGUGUGAUUGAUCUUGAAUGGGCUUGCUCUAAGCCUAUCGAAAUGGUACACCCUCCAUAUUGGUUAACCGAUAAAGGGGUUGAUGAAAUUGAAAGCGAGGAGUAUAACAUUCGGCGAGAAGAGUUCAUGACAGCUUUGAGGUCUGAAGAAAGCAAAUUGGAGAAUCCUCAAGGCAGGCCAUAUGUUCAUUCAGAAGUCAUGGAGCAAUCGUGGGGGUCUGGGGCACUUUGGUAUUCACUUGCGCUAACAAGUCCAACCGGCCUGUUCCAGAUAUUCUAUAACCACAUCCAUUCUUUGUUGUCGGAUAAUGAGGACCUGAAGAGCAAACUUUGGGAUGUCAUGCCGGUUUACUGGGUCAAGGAUGCGGAAGGAUUUAUGAGCAAGAAGGUUGAUGACAAGAAAUUGUACGACAAAAACCUUAUCGAGGCAUUUUCUAGUAGUAGUAGCUCCUCUACUAAAUGA